UUGUUGGGCUGAUUAAUUCUGAUGGAGAAGAAAUGGACUGGAUCCUUCUCUUCUUGGAUAUAAUCCCAGUCAGAGUUCUGACAUUGAAGAGAGUCCUCUACAUCAGGAGUACCUGAACAUCACAGGAGACCACACCGCUAAGAGCUCUCACUGCUGUUCAGUGUGUGGAAAAGACUGCCAAAAAUUAUCGGCGCUACAAAAACACAUGAGAAUUCACACAGGAGAGAAGCCUUACCCCUGUACUUUGUGUGGAAACCAAUUCCGUGAGAASGGACACCUGAAAGCACAUCUGAAAACACACACUGGAGAGAAACCUUACCACUGCCCGACCUGUGGGAUGAAGUUCGCCCAUUUGGGAGCCAUGRAAAUACACCUGCUGACACACACUGGAGAGAAACCUUACCCCUGCUCUGUGUGUGGGAAGAGUUUUACCCAAUCAUCACGUUUGAAGCAACAUUUCCGGACGCACACAGGAGAGAAACCUUACUCCUGCUCUGUAUGCAGGAAGAAUUUUGCAAGACCAGCAGACCUUAAAGUACACCACAGAGAUCACACAGGUGAGAAACCUUACAGCUGCGCUGAAUGUGGCCAGAGCUUCACCAGUUCCCACAACCUAUGGAAACAUCAGAAGACCCAUCUACCACCUGGACUACCACCACCUGUUGAGUGUGACAACCACAACCAAACACCUGAGAUGAAUACUAAAAACGAAGGACUAGAUGAGGAGGAGGAGGAAUUUGGUGUUCUGAUCAAUUCUGAUGGAGAAGAAGUUGGAUUGGACUUGGAUCCUCCUCGUCUCAAUCCUCUGAGUUCUGAGGAAGAGGAGAGUCCGUCAACAUCAGGAGAAACUGAACAAUACCAGGUGAACCACAAUACAGCUCUGAGGUACAGCUGCUCUGUGUGUGGGAAGCAGUUCAACCACAAAGGACAUCUGCGAAGACACGAGAGUGUACAUUCAGUUGAAAAACCUUAUGGUUGCUCAGACUGCGACAAGAUGUUCGGUUCCACCAUAGCUCUGAAUAGACACAAGAAGUUACACAGAGAAGAGAAACCUCACACUUGCACAGUGUGUGGGAAAGGUUUCGUUCAACUGUCACGUUUGAAGGAACACUACCCGACGCACUCGGGAGAGAAACCACACUGCUGCUCUGAGUGUGGGAAGCGCUUCACUACUGCGUCGUACCUCAAAACGCACAGCAAAGUCCACUUGGGGGAGAGUCCUUAUACCUGUAACAUAUGUAGGAGAGAUUGCCAGAAGUUGUCCGCAUUCAAGUUACACAUGAGGAUCCACACAGGAGAGAAGCCCUUCAGUUGCUCUGUGUGCGAGAAGCAGUUCACUCAGAAAAGACAUCUGCAAGACCACCAGAAAGUACACACGGGAGAGAAACCGUACCCCUGCCCCCACUGUGACAAGCGGUUCAGCUUCUCCUCAGCCUUGAAAAGACACCAGCAGUUACACACAGGAGAAAAACCCCACUGCUGCUUUGUGGUGGAAUUGUUUCCUCUCAAGCAGGGCGCCUGAAAGAACACCUACGGACGCACUCGGGAGAGAGACUUUCUCCUGCUCUGUUGCGAGAAAACUUCAGAAAAGCUUCUGAACUCACGAUACACAACAGAUCUCAUACAGGAGAGAGACCGUACAGCUGUGCUGAAUGUGGUAAGACCUUCACCAGUUCUAUGAAGCUGGGACGACACAAGAAGAUCCAUCAGACGCAAACACUGAAGAGAAUCUGAUAAGAGAUGUGAAGAGGAUUCCAUGAGAAUGAUGAUGAUGAAGAAGUGGAGGCUGCCUCCGCAGUUAGUGGAUGCUAGUAGGGUGAA